AUGGAGGUUCGUCAGGCAGUGAAGGAUUACAAUUUGAGCUUGUGUGCUAUAUUAGAGUCCCAUGUUGAUGUUGAUAAACUGGGUAAAGUGUGUAAAGCUGUGUUUCGUUCUUGGGAUUGGACUUCGAAUGGAGGAUGUUAUGACAAAGGUACAAGAAUUAUUAUUGGGUGGAAUCCGGCUAUCUUUGAUGUGAUGAUUUUGGCUCAAUCCUCCCAGGUUAUGCACCUCCAACUAGUGUUUAAACUGGAUAAAAGAAUGGUUUUCUGUUCUAUUGUGUAUGCAGACAACUAUUACGUUUCCCGUAGGGAGUUAUGGCAUCAUCUUUCUAUGCAUAAAGUCCUUAUUGCGGAUAGGCCUUGGUUUAUUAUGGGUGAUUUUAAUUCAGCGCUUAACAUAGAAGAUAAAUCAAUGGGUACUUCUUCUGUGUCUAUUGGUAUGAGGGAGUUUCAAGCGUGUGUAGAUGACAUUGAAGUGUUUAAUAUUAAUCGAACAUGUAUUCAUUUUACGUGGAACCAAAAGCCUAACAAAGGUGUUGGGUUACUAAAGAAAAUUGAUCGGGUGAUGGGAAACACCCCUUUUGUUGCUGAAUACCCGAACUCGGUUGCCAUGUUCAAGCCUUAUAGACUUUCGGAUCAUUGUCCUUGUAUCUUAUCUAUCCCGGAAGCUAUGAAGAUGAAACCGAAGUCUUUUAAGUUCGCUAAUUUCUUGGUUUUUAAACCUGAAUUUGUAGAUAUUGUUCAAAAGCAUUGGGGUACAAACGUUGAUGGGGUGCACCAAUUUCGAGUUGUCAAGAAGCUUCGGUUACUUAAAAACCCUCUUCGUUCAUUGCUUUUCAAACAAGGCAACCUUCACAAGAAAGUUGAAAGACUUCGGACGAGGUUAGAUGUUAUUCAGCAAAAUAUUGAUCAGGAUCCUCUAAAUGUUGAUCUCCGGGCCGAAGAAUCGUCUACUAGCUGUGAUCUUCAGGAGGCGUUGCUGGAUGAGGAGCAUUUUCUGAAAAAAAGUGAAGGUGACAUGGUUUAUAAAGCUUUUGUUCAACACUAUGAGAAGUUCUUUGGUAGUCAAGGAGAUACUUCGCUUGAGCCAGCUCCGGAUUUAUUUCCGAAAAUCUUAUCUCAUAAUGUUGCUAAUCACAUGGUCCGACAUGUAAUGGAGGAGGAGGUCAAGAAGGCGAUGUUCUCUAUUGGUAAUGAUAAAGCUCUGGGCCAGAUGGAUAUACGGCGGCGUUUUUCAAAAGUGCUUGGCCUCUAA